GUGGCUUGAGCACCGAUAGCUUCGGCGUGGAAAAACGGGACCUUGAACUGACAGACCCGAGCAAGUUUUCUCCACACAGCGCGACUGUCGCCUACACAGGGAAAAUUUCCAUCGACGCGCAUGGAAGCUGGAAUCAGGAGGGAAUAAUCAACUUUGUCAGCGCAGGAGUGCAAGAUAGGCCACCUUCCCCGGGAUCAUUCUCCACGGGCUCCCCGUCAGACCCAGACUGCUCCAAAAUAGCUCAAACCCUUGCCAACAUGGAGCAUAUGUACACAGGCCCGCCCCCUUACACCUGUAGUGCCGAUGGUUACCAGGACCCCUCGGCUUACCUAUCGACCACCACGUGCCCCAUAACUUACGCAACUCCAUCCUACUCAACCCCAAAGCCAUCUAUAGACGGGACGCUUUUCUCUAUCUUUCCAGACUAUGGGGGGUUUUAUCAGACCAGCAACAGCCAAAGGGACAACAUGGCUGUGUUUCAGGACAUCAAGCCAUUUUCGUGCGCUUUGGAGUCUAUCAGAGUCCCCCCACCUCUGACUCCCUUGAACACCAUUAGAAAUUUCACUCUGGCGUGUCCUGUUGACGGGCCGAGGCCGCCUGUGGAUUGCACCAAUCCGCAAAGCGUCCCACUCAGGCCGAUUCUGCGGCCACGGAAAUACCCGAACCGACCGUGCAAGACGCCGGUCCACGAGCGGCCGUACCCCUGUCCGGCGGAGGGAUGCGACCGGAGGUUUUCGCGCUCGGAUGAGCUGACGCGCCACCUGCGCAUCCACACCGGCCACAGGCCGUUCCAGUGCCGCAUCUGCAUGCACAGCUUCAGCCGCAGCGACCACCUCACGACGCACAUACGCACUCACACUGGAGAGAAGCCCUUCUCCUGUGACUUCUGCGGCAGAAAGUUUGCCAGGAGCGACGAGCGAAGGAGGCACACAAAAAUCCACCAG